AUGUCUGCAUCUUUAGAUUUCCAAAUCCCUUCAGUGGAUAGACCUUUUGGUAUUUCAUUAUGGUCGUUGUUUAAUACCGUUGCUUCAACUUUAACUUUUAAUAAAUUUAUUCCAUCAGAAUUUGAAUUUAUUGAAGGUGAAACUUUAUUAUCAACAUUCACACCAGUUGCCAUUGUUAUUACUGUUUAUUAUUUUAUUAUCUUUGGGGGUCAAGCUAUUUUCAACAAGUUUAAUUUGAAACCAUGGAAAUUGAAUUUUUUGUUCCAAUUGCAUAAUAUUAGUUUAACUUUUAUUUCUUUAACUUUAUUAUUAUUGAUGAUUGAACAAUUAAUUCCAAUUAUUUAUAAUCAUGGUCUUUUCUAUGCAAUUUGUAACAAAAAUGCAUGGACCCAACCUUUAGUUACUUUAUAUUUUUUGAAUUAUUUAACAAAAUAUUUAGAAUUUGUUGAUACUUUAUUCCUUGUUGUCAAAAGAAAGAAGAUUAUCUUUUUGCAUAGUUAUCAUCAUGGUGCUACAGCUUUAUUAUGUUAUACUCAAUUGAUUGGUAAAACUUCUAUUAGUUGGGUUGUUAUUUCAUUGAAUUUAGCUGUUCAUGUUGUUAUGUAUUUCUAUUAUUUCUUAGCUGCUAGAGGUAUUAGAGUUUGGUGGAAACAAUGGAUUACAAAUGGUCAAAUUAUUCAAUUUGUUUUAGAUUUAACAUUUAUUUAUUAUGCAGCUUUCAUUAAAGUUAGAAGUGAUUUUGGAUUAUUUGGUUGUUCAAAUGGUGUUUGUAUUGAUUGUGUUGGUACUUCAUUAGCAACUUGGGCUGGAUUGUCAAUCAUUUCAUCAUACUUGUUAUUAUUUAUCUUAUUCUAUAUUGAUAUUUAUAUUAAAAAGGGUAAAAAAUCAAGAGUUGUUAAAAGAGUUGGUGGGUUUGGUAAUAAAGUUAAUGAAUAUGUUAGUGUUGAUUUGAAAGAUGUUGCUACUCCAUCACCAUCUCCUGCACCAAAUGGUAGAAGAAGUGAAAGAACUGCUUCACCAGCUGGUCGUAGAUUAAGAGAAUCUACUAUUAGAAGAAGAAAAGCUUAG